ACAUUCUUGGACAAACUGCUCCAUUUCACUUUUUUUGGUUAUUCGCACAUCCUCUUUCCAAAAUGCCUCGCAUUGAGAAUGACAUCAAGCUGGACUUCAAGGAUGUCCUCCUCCGUCCAAAGCGGAGCACGCUCAAGUCAAGGAGCGAGGUAGACCUAAUGAGGAGUUACACUUUCAGGAACUCCAAGGGCACCUACAGAGGGAUCCCUAUCAUUGCUGCAAACAUGGACACCGUGGGGACCUUUGAGAUGGCCCUGGCUUUGCACCAGUUCACUCUCUUCACCACGAUUCACAAACAUUACUCCGUGGAUGACUGGUCGGAAUUUGCAAAGAAGAAUCCCGAAUGUCCUGAAGGUACUCAAAUCAGCACAGGGACUGGGGAAGGUGACUUUGACAGGAUUUCAGCCAUCUUGGCAGCGGUUCCACAGCUGCACUAUAUCUGUGUCGAUGUCGCUAACGGCUACUCCGAACACUUUGUUCACUUUGUCAAAGACGUCAGGGAUAAGUUCCCCUCUCACACUAUAAUGGCAGGAAAUGUGGUGACAGGAGAGAUGGUAGAGGAGCUGAUCCUGGCUGGCGCUGACAUUAUCAAAGUAGGCAUCGGACCAGGCUCCGUGUGUACCACCCGCAAGAAGACGGGGGUGGGGUACCCUCAGCUCAGCGCUGUGAUCGAGUGUGCAGAUGCAGCCCAUGGCUUGGGUGGCCACAUCAUCUCUGAUGGGGGAUGUACUUGCCCAGGAGAUGUCUCAAAGGCCUUCGGUGCUGGAGCGGACUUUGUGAUGCUGGGCGGUAUGCUUUCUGGCCACUCAGAAAGCGGGGGAGAGGUUAUUGAGAAAAAUGGCAAGAAAUACAAGCUGUUCUAUGGAAUGAGCUCCGAUACGGCGAUGAAGAAACAUGCAGGAGGCGUGGCCGAGUACAGAGCGUCGGAGGGGAAGACAGUCGAAGUUCUUUACAAAGGUCCGGUAGACGUGACAAUACGAGACGUCCUGGGCGGGGUCCGCUCCACCUGCACCUAUGUUGGUGCAGGGAAACUGAAGGAGCUGAGCCGCAGGACCACCUUCAUCCGGGUCACACAGCAGCUCAACACCGUCUUCGGCAACGACGGCUGAAUGUCCGGCUCGAUCCGACUUCAGAUCGAAGUAAAAGUCCUCAACACUGCCUGUCUGACCAUGUGUAAUCACAAGUGAACAGACAUCAAUAUUAAUUCUUAAAUACUGUCCUUAUUAAUUGUUUUACAUAAGCUAAGGUCCAAUGCAAUAUCAGUAUAUGGGGUUUUGACUUUAUUGACAAUAACAGAAAUAUCUUUUGUUACACAGACUCUUAGUCGCUUUAGACUGUUACUUUUUUCAUACAAACUACAAAGACAGAGCAGUAAGUCUCCAGCUCGUCACAUGUCUGCUCUCUCGUCAUUCCAAUGCAGGAGCCUUAGUCAUUCUUUUUAUGCAAAUCUGUCUAUUAACAGAUAUCUAUAACUUCUCCGUAUUCCCCGUGCCGAGAUCAUACUGUAAGCCUUUGUCACACACAUGAAAUGAUAGCAAACAAUGUCUUAAAUUAUUUUUAAAAAGUACCAAAUAUUAAUGCAGCUACUAGGGCUAAGUAGGAGAUUGAACUGUUUAUUAGAAACCAUCACUCUUUAAGUUUUGCACUUUAAACAUUUUAAUUUAAGAGUCUAAUUUUUAGUUUCCGUUAUUGUUUCACACAUAUAUAUAUAUAUAUAUAUAUAUAUAUAUAUAUAUAUAUGUUUUGAAACAAUGUCAUACAAAGGUUAUUUAAUUUAAAUUUUAUAGUAGGUGAAUUAGAUUUUGGGAGAAUUUAUAUAUGGAUGUUGAAUGCUAGCGUCCAGUGCUAUAGCUCAUACAGUACAUAGCAAUGAAGUGCUGAAUUCAUAGCAGAGGUGUUAGCCAACAUAAAGAUACUGUAGAUGCUACGGACACUGUGGCUUCACUUCACAAAGUGUCGGUAGUUACUCCACCUCAAACUGUUCUUAACAUCUGUGUUGUUUCAUGAACAUGGCAAAAUGUACUAUUUGAAAUGCAGUUUUUUAAUUCGCUUGUUUUAACCACACAAUAAAAACAUUCCACAUCUUAAAA